AUGGGAAAACCCCCGAAUCUAUACGCCUUCCAAGGCGCCGACGAGCUCGCCCAAAGCCUGCGCGCCUACGUCCUCGAAGCGCAGAACAGCGCGCUGACCCGACACAAAGUCUUCCGCGUCGCCGUAUCCGGCGGUUCGCUGCCCAAGAUGCUCGCACAAGCGCUACUGCGCGAAUCGACCGGGGACGACAAGGACAAGGUUGAAUUUGACAAGUGGGAGAUCUUCUUCGCUGAUGAGCGCGCGGUUCCUUUGGAUCAUGAGGACAGCAAUUACAGAUUGGUCAAGGAAGAGAUUCUGGACAAGGCUCCCGCCGGGCUCGGCAAACCGAAGGUGUAUGCCAUCGACGUCAAAUAUCUCGACGACGUCCAGGAACUGGCCGAUCAAUACGAGCAGACUUUGGUCAACGCUUUUGCCUCAAGAGACAGCGUUAGACUGCCCGUGUUUGACCUACUGUUGCUGGGGUGCGGUCCAGACGGCCACACAUGCAGUCUGUUCCCAGGCUCCCCUCUGUUGCGCGAAAGCGACGCAUGGGUUCUCCAAAUCUCAGACUCGCCCAAGCCUCCACCGAAAAGAAUCACGUUGUCGCUACCUGUUGCGACUCAUGGCGUCAAGAUUGCCUUUGUGGCUACAGGAGGUGGAAAGAAGGACAUCAUGAAGCAGAUAUUCGAUACGGACGAGGGUCAACAGCUGCCCUGCGGUCUUAUCAAUGCACAAGGGCAAGAAAGAGUCAGCUGGUUUGUCGAUUAUCCCGCAAUUGAAGGCGUGUCUUUCCCGGCUCGCCGAGGAAGCCUCUAG